GCAACAACCUCCUUUUAGUAAUAAUAUCCAACGAACGAAACGAACCAACUCCACCACAAGAUCCACCAAGAUGGGCGAAAUGGAUAGGAAUAACAAGAAAAUUUUACAAAACAUCAAAAUGCCCGAGCAAAGCAAUGAUUACCGAGUGGUGGUGUUUGGGGCCGGAGGUGUUGGCAAAAGCUCGCUGGUACUGCGAUUUAUCAAGGGAACAUUCCGCGAAAGCUACAUUCCCACCAUCGAGGACACGUAUCGGCAGGUGAUAAGUUGCAAUAAAAACAUAUGCACACUGCAAAUCACCGACACGACGGGUUCGCAUCAGUUUCCGGCAAUGCAGCGGCUGUCCAUCACGAAGGGUCACGCGUUCAUACUGGUGUACUCGGUCUGCUCCAAACAGAGCCUCGAGGAGCUCCGGCCAAUCUGGAGCUUAAUUAGAGAAUUGAAGGGUGAAGAAAUAUCCCAAAUACCUGUUAUGUUGGUGGGCAACAAAUGUGAUGAAAGUGAAGACUUGCGGGAGGUGACCAACAUCGAAGGACAAACGGAAGCCGCUACCUGGGGAGUAUCGUUCAUGGAAACGUCUGCCAAAGAAAACCACAAUGUUACCGAACUGUUUCAGGAACUACUCAACAUGGAAAAGAAUCGCAACGUAUCACUGCAGCUGGACGGCAAGAACAAGAAGAAAAACAAGAAGAAAAUGAUGAAAGAGCAAGCGAAGGAGGAAAAGCUUCUAAAGGAAAAGAAAGAAAAGCAGAUGCAACGCGAGAAGGAGAAGGGCAAGGAAAAGGACAAAGACAAAGAGAAGCAAACGAAAGAGAAAGACAAAGCCAAGGAUGGGAAGGAUAAGGCGGGUGCGGGCAAUGCACAGCCAGCGGCGGCGGCGGGCGAAGGAAGCGGCACACUGAAGGAGAAGUGUAAAGUGAUGUGAAAACCUGGCAUC